AUGGGCGUGGUUACGUCCAGCCGCGAUGGCGACGAUACGGCGCACAACGCCAUCUCUGGAGCGUUACGUCGAGAAAAGAGAAAAUUGCCAGAAAUAAGUAGUAGCGGAACUGAUGAACACGAAGGAAUAUAUAAAAUUCCCAAAUCCUCCAACGAACCUUCCACUUCUUAUGAUCGCAAUACCAGAAAUGCAGAUCCUUCAACUUCUAAAAAGCUUACAAAUAAAGAACGUUUUGAAAAUGACAUAGGUCAAUGGGUGGGACGGUCUAAUCAUUUAACAACAUCUCAAAAAAUGGAUAUCUUGAAACGUUGUUGGACGCCACCAGAAAAUUACAACUUUAGUGAGGAUGCUAUUUGUUUGUACUGUGUUCUGUUUCCACCGAAAAAAGUCCAAGGUGUUUUAGGUUUCAUCAAACCUUUUACACGAUACAAAGACAUUCACGAGGGCUGUAGAAACCAUAUUUCCAAUAAUUGGCACCAAGGAGCAACCGAAGCAGCUAAAAGUUUUAUGGAAGAAGUACCUAUAAAUAUUAUGAUGGUAUCUGGACACCAAAAAGUACUAGAACAAAAUCGAAAAAUUAUUUCGUCCAUAAUUUCAAAUGUACUAUUUUGCGGAACCCAUGAUCUACCCUUUAGAGGAAAAGGUCAAAAUGAAGUUGUUUUCUAUGACUUAAUUCAAAUGCGAAUUGAAGCUGGUGAUCAGUAUCUCCAAAACCAUAUCGAAAAGGGCAAGCGAAAUGCCAUCUACACAUCUCCGCAAAUUCAGAAUGAAAUCAUCAAUAUAAGUGGAACAGUAAUCAAAGAUUGUAUUAUUAAUGAUGUUAAAAAGGCUGUAGCUUUCAGUAUAAUGGCAGACGAGACCGCUGAUAUCUCAGGAACAGAGCAAUUGUCUAUUGGGAUUAGAUUUUUUGAUGAUGAGAAAAGGGCUAUCAGAGAAGAAUUUUUAGGCUUCAUUGAACUACAUGCCAUGGAUGCUGUUAACAUAGCUAGUGCAAUAGAUCAUUUUAUUCAAAACGAAGGUCUCGAUGGAACGAAGCUUGUUGGACAAGGCUAUGAUGGUUGCGCAACUAUGGCAGGGAAAAUCAAUGGAGUGCAAACAAUUUUACGAGAAAAAUAUCCACAUGCUCUAUUUUUUCACUGUGCAAGUCAUAAAUUAAACUUGGUGGUCAAUGAUUUAAAUUGUGUUCCAGAAAUACGUAACACAAUUUCAACGGUAAAGGAUAUCAUAAACUUUUUUCGCGAAGCUGUUUUACGUAGAAAAUGUAUCCCGAACAUACCAGCAUUCUGUGAGACACGAUGGUCUCAAAAAUAUAGAAGUAUUUCAAUUUUCAAAGAAAAUUUUGAGAUAAUUGUACAUGCUUUAGAUAAAUUGUCAAAAGAUGGGAACACUGCAACAAGAAAAGUUGCUUUUCAAUUGUAUGCUGUAGCAAAUAAAACGUUAAAUUCGGCUGAAUUCUGGAAGAGAUCAUUACUAAUUCCAUACUUGGAUUCAUUAAUAUCCUCAUUGGAACGGAGAUUUUCUGAUGAAAACAUACCUGCUUUUUCACUUUUAUUAUUACACCCUUCAAAUAUGUUAGAUAUGAACACCAAAGAAUUUAAACUUAAAAUAAAUGAUUUUGCCAAUUAUUACCAAAUUAAAGACUUGGAAAGUGAAGCAGAAUUAUGGUACAACAUCUGGAAGGAGAAAAAACUGGCUAAAAGCAAACUAUCAGACAUGGAAAUAAGUGAAGUAGUAGAAGAAACAGAUAUUUUCUUUCCUAAAAUAAAACAAGCCUUGCAUAUUUCUUUAGCUCAGCUAUGUACAACUUGCACUAUUGAGAGGCCAUUCAGUACGUUAAGAAGGGUAAAGACUUGGUUGCGUUCAACGAUGACGGAAAACCGUCUGAAUGGUCUAUGCAUACUAAGUGUGCAUAGAAAGCUGCUAGAUGAAAAAAAGGAAGAGAUGCAACAGAAAAUUCUCAGCAGAUUUUGCGAAGACUCUAGACGAUUGUCAUUGUUAUAA